AAGGCACACACGGCAAAAGCAAAUGGCGUCGUCUCUCCUCCUCCUCCUCUCACCUCUCCGCUUCCUCCAUUUUCUCUACAAAAGACCUAAACUCAAACCCCCUUAUCCUCCCCUCUCUUCCUCCUUCAAACCCCUCCUCAAUUCUCGCCCCCGCUUCCCUCCCUAUUUACCCCGCUGCCACUGCUCCUCUUCUUCCUCCUCCGCCUCACUCGCCGACUCCGACUACAAAUCCCACGCGCUCCUCCUCGGCAAGGACAACCGCGCCGCUGUAAACGCCUCCCAGCCGCGGCCGGAGGAGAACGCCACCACAAUCGCCGCCAUCGUGACCUCACUCGGCGGCCCGCCCGGCGCGGUCGGAAUCGUCCGGCUCUCCGGUCCCUCCGCCGUGGCCGUCGUCGGCCGCGUGUUCCGUCCGGGAAGAAAGAAGAAGAAGAGAAAGAGCGACAGCACGUGGCGGCCGACCAGUCACGUGAUUGAGUACGGCGUCGUUUUGGACCCCAGCGGCAAUGUGGUCGAUGAGGUUUUAGCUGUGCCUAUGUUGGCCCCAAGAUCAUAUACACGUGAAGAUGUGGUGGAGCUUCAAUGCCAUGGGACUCAGGUGUGCCUGAACCGUGUUCUCAGAGCUUGUUUGGAAGCCGGAGCGCGGCUCGCGGAGCCAGGGGAGUUUACCCUGCGUGCCUUUCUCAAUGGCCGGUUGGACCUGACUCAAGCUGAAAAUGUUGACAGGCUCAUUUCGGCAAAAUCUGUGGCUGCAGCCGAUGCAGCACUAGCUACAAUUCAGGGUGGCUUUUCUACAAUGGUGAAAUCUGUAAGGUUUCAGUGCAUUGAGUUGCUUACUGAAAUUGAGGCAAGGUUAGAUUUUGAUGAUGAGAUGCCACCACUUGAUACCAAUCAAGUUGUAAAUAAGAUACAUGCUAUGUCACAAGAUGUUGAGAGUGCUCUUGAGACGGCAAAUUAUGAUCAACUUCUGCAGUCUGGAUUACAGAUUGCAAUUCUGGGCCGUCCAAAUGUUGGGAAGUCAAGCCUCCUCAAUGCAUGGAGCAAAACUGAAAGAGCUAUAGUUACAGAAAUUGCUGGGACCACUCGGGAUGUGGUUGAAGCCAGUAUUACAGUUAGUGGUAUUCCUGUAACCCUUCUUGAUACAGCAGGCAUCAGGGAAACCAAUGACAUAGUGGAGAGAAUUGGUGUGGAGAGGUCAGAAGCAGUUGCUAUGGGUGCUGAUGUCAUUAUUAUGGCAAUAAGUGCUCUUGAUGGCUGGAGUCAAGAGGACACUGAACUUCUUGACAGAAUCCAAUCUAAUAAGAAAACGUCUGGAUCUUCAACCCCAAUAAUCCUUGUAAUCAACAAAAUAGAUUGUGUUACAUCUGAGUGCUUGGAGCGGGUUCAAAAAAAUGUUGAUUCUUUCAAUAAGCAUGUUUUCACAUCUGCCAUCACUGGUCAAGGAAUCCAAGAUCUGGAGAAGGCAAUUUUAGAUAUCAUUGGUCUCAACAAAUUUCCUGCAGGAAGUCGAAGAUGGACUGUGAACCAGAGACAAUGUGAGCAGCUUGUCCGAACCAAAGAGGCUCUUGCAAGGUUGAAAUCCUCAAUAGAGGAGGAAAUUCCGUUGGACUUCUGGACAAUUGAUUUGAGGGAAGCUGCAAUGGCGCUUGGCCAAAUAAGUGGAGAAGACAUUUCGGAAGAGGUUUUAACCAACAUUUUUGGCAAGUUCUGCAUUGGUAAAUAGAAGAGCUAGAAAUUGUAUUGAUGUGUUGGAAAUGUUGUCCCCUGUUAGAUAUUAAGGGCGAGGGGCGAAACAGUUAUUUACCAUGUACAUUACAUGAAUGCUCUUGUUUAAGUUCGGGGUUAUCUCAAAUAGUGAAAUACAGUAGCUAAUGAAGUAGCAGAUCUCAACUUUAGGUAUUAAGAAUGAGUCUUUUGGUUGCUUUAUGCUA